AGAACAAAAGUUUGAGAACCACUGCAAGUUCAGAACAUGUGAUUUUUCUGUAAAGUAAGAAAAUGGGACAGAGUCACCGAAUUUCGAGGUAGAAAUGACCCCACAAACCAUCUUCUCCAAUCCCCUCCUUUUACACGUGAGAAAAAGAUCCUAAACUAAAAUAGCAUCCCCAAGAUUCCACAGGUAGUGAAGAGAUGGAAUUUCCACUCAGGACUUCGGGACGGCUGUCCCAUCUUGCAUUCCUCUUUAAUAUUUCUUCCUUUUCUUUCCAGUAGUCUCCAAGGGGCUGUUCCAACUCCGUCCCCUGCCUUGCCCUAGCGGUGGCUGAGUCAGGCUAGAGUUGGACCUGGUUGAGUAACCCAAAAUCUGACAAAAGUGGCUGUUUCAUAUUUAAUGUCCACAGAGUUGUAUAAUCACCUUGGGUAACUGAAGAAUAAUCUCUGGGACUGUCUUUCUCUUCUUUCUUUCUUAAACCUUUGGAACAGGUCUGUGUAAGAAGAGCUGAGCCUGGUAGAGGAGCUCAGCGCAUUUGGAUGUAAUUAAUAGUAGGGCAGUAAACAAGCUGGGACAUAAUGGAGGGCUUAGGGUAACUUCCCCGCCUCUUUUUUUUCCUGAAAUUUUGAACACCCCAGCCCUCCUAAUUAGGGUUAGGCAUGAAAGGCACCUGAACAGGCUUUAAUCUGAAAAUUAGUCCAUCUGAAAGGAACAGGAGGCCGGUAGGGGGAAGGGGCGGAGCCUCGGGUGCAUUUGGGUGACUGGGUACAAGCCAGCUAUGUGUCCUCACCCUGCCUCAGAGCCUCAGGCAGAGAGUGUUGCUGGCCCUGGUCCUGGGAGCCAGGCCAGGGAGAGGGAGGUGGGUUUGAGAGGGGACGGCCGUCUGCUGCUGGGAUAGCACGGGGUCUUCUCCCAGUCCUCAGGGCCCCAGGGCAGGGGUGACAGAGGCCCCAGGUUCCUACCUGGUGGGAAGUGACUUCCUUUCUUGGGUAAGUUGACAUUGGUUAGACUUCCUUGCAUAAGGGUGUCUAGUUCUGUGCAUGAUGGGUUAGGCUAGACAUUGAUACAGUGGCGUCACAGAUAGGCGUGGGAUUUGGAGACGAGGGGACGCAGAGUUGUGUCUGUUACUUUCUGUCUAUGGGGCUCAGUUUCCUUUUCUGUAAAAUAAGACUAGAUGGUACCUAAGCGUUUGUUUUUUCCUUAGCUCUACAGCCUACAAAUGAGUACAGAGAAAGAUAAUCUACUAGGAUCAGGAGGAGGAAAUGAGGAUGUUUAGCCUAGGGAAGAAAAGACCUGGAGGAAGGGGAAUCUUCAUGUGCCUGAAGGAAAGAGGAAAUUGACUUCUUCUGCUUGAUCCCAGAGGAGGGACCCAGAUUGGGGCUGCACGAUGCUGUGGUCCCUCUGGUUCCCACUCCUAUUCCUGGCCCCCGGCGCCAGGGCCAUUCGCCCGUGUUUCCCAGGCUGCCAUUGCGAAGUGGAAACCUUCGGCCUGUUCGACAGCUUCAGCCUGACCCGGGUGGACUGCAGCGGCCUGGGCUCCCACAUUGUGCCGGUCCCCAUCCCCUUGGACACAACCUACCUGGACCUGUCCUCUAACCAGCUGGAGACGGUCAACGAGUCCAUGCUCACGGGACCGGGCUACACCACCCUGGUGGGCCUCGACCUGAGCUACAACCGUAUUGCCAAGCUUUCCUCCGCCACCUUCUCCCGGCUGCGGUACCUCGAGUCCCUGGACCUGAGCCACAAUGCCCUGGCGGCCCUGCCUGAGGAGAGCUUUGCCAGCUCUCCUCUGAGUGAGGUGGAUCUGAGCAGCAACAAACUCCGAGAGGUCUCCAUGGAGAGCUUUACCUCUCGUGGGCAGGGGAAGCCCCUCAAUGUGGACCUCUCCCAUAACCUACUUACUCGGGUGAUUCGGCCAUCCCUGGAUCGGGCCACCCCCAAUAUCCAGAGCCUGAAUCUCUCCUGGAACCAGCUGCAGGAGGUGCCUGACCUCCAGGGCCUCCCUCUGCGCUACCUCAACCUGGACGGCAACCUCCUGAGCAGGGUCCGGGCAGGGGCCUUCGCCGGGCUGAAGGACCUCAUUCACCUGUCCCUCAGCAGCCUGCGCUGCUCUACAGAGCUCGCCCCAUUUGCCUUCCGUGACUUGCCAAGCCUCCAGGUUCUGGACUUGUCGGGCAACCCCAGUCUCCAGUCGGCCAGGGCCGAGGUCUUCUCCAGCUUGAACUCCCUGCAGGAGCUGAACCUGUCAGGCACGGGGCUGGCAGUCCUGCCCGACAGGCUUCUGAAAUACCUCCCAUCCGUCAAAAGCAUCACCCUGGGGAAGGACCUCUGGUGCGUCAAGGUGGUCAAAGAGGGCCAGUACCGACGAGAGAUGAGCCGGACCAGAAAGGAGGUCCUGUACUGCCACGACGGCCACGGCGCCAUGGCCAAAGCCCCCUACGUCUUGUGACGGACCUCGGCUAUCACCAGGAGAGCUGGAAAUAGAUAGGGCCCCUGGAGGGUCUGGGGAAGGGGAGGGACUCCCAGGGAGGUGGAAGAAAAGCUAGACCUCCAUUACAAGCCGGUACUGAGGCCUACCCUCAUGCCAUUUUUUGGUAAGCCUGUCAAUUUAAUUUAUAUUUAUAUGUGCCAAUACCAGGUCCAACUCCUGAGUGUGCGAGUGUGAGUGAGUGUGUGUGUGUGUGUGUGUGUGUGUGUGUGUGUGUGUGGUGCCUUUCCACUUGUUCUGCUCCUAAACAGAAAUUCCUAGCAGGGGACUUCUCUCCCAGCCUCCUGGGUAGCACUUGGGAUCAGUUAGAGAAUAUGGGGAACCAGCCAUAAGAGCUGAGGUGUGAUGGGAAACACUGCUAACGCAACUUGGACAUCCCCCUUCUGGACUCCAAGGGAGGACACGGAGGUCUUUGGGAAUACCCUUCCCCGCCCAUGGGUCUGGGGAGACAUCAGAGCCUAGGAGGAAGUUCAGGACACAGAGAAGGAAUUCUUCAAGGCAAACCUGGGGGCUUGUCCGCUCCAUCUCAGAAAGCCCCUGCCCCUACUCCAGCAUUUCCCAGCACACAUCUCCAACGUGCUCCUUAUUCUUGACUUAGAUCUCCCCUGACUCGGACAUCAGCCCUUCCCCACCAUGCCACCCACAGCCAUGUAAUGUAGCCCGUGGCUCAUCUGGUGCCAAAGUGGGCCCCGAGCCCAUCUCUGCCUAUAUACCCUUGGUGUUUUUCCCAAAGUGCCUUCCCCCAAUGCCUUGAUUCACACUGUGCUCAGGCAUCUUUCUCUUAGGGGGUUUGUUUUGUUUCUUUCUUUUUUUUUUUAAAUAAUGGACAAGCUGAACGAGUAAAUCAAUAAAGAAGGUAGUUAUACCGAA